AUGUCUCAAGAAUUAGAAGCCCGCAUCUCUAAUGCCUUAUCAGCAUGCUCUGCUACCCAGAAACCUAACGUUUCAGCGAUCGCCCGAGAAUUUGGCAUUACGUCUAGUAUACUGAGGGGCCGCCUCAAAGGUCAUAAGUCUAGAAACGAUCGUAUCCCAACCAACAAAGCAUUAGACCCCGAGCAAGAGAAGGCAUUAAUUCUAUGGAUUGAUACCUUGGACCAGGCCUAUUCUCCCCCGACCGCAGGGCAAAUUCAGGCUGCUGCUCUACAAAUUGUUCGACGUUAUGAACCCGCCCGCACGCUCGGAAAAAACUGGGUGUACGACUUUAUCGCCCGUCUACCUUCACGCUUUGAGACUAUUAAGCAAAAGCCGAUGGAAAAGGCACGAUAUGAAGUCUGUGAACCUGGUUAUAUUGUUUCUUGGUACGAUCGCCUACAAAUUACGCUCAAAACCUACGGAAUUGCACAGAAGAAUCUAUACAAUUUCGACGAAACUGGGUUUCGAAUUGGCGAAGGUAAGGCCCAGAACGUUGUUUCAGCCCGGGGAAAUUCCAAAAAUAAUACCGGCGGACAAGCUGAAUCCCUUACUGGUAUCGAAUGCGUCUCGGCCGAUGGUUGGGUUAUGCCACCGUGGUUUUUAGUUAAGGGUCAAUUCCAUAUGGAGAGUUGGUUUAUCAAUACUAACUUACCCGACGACUAUACUAUAUGGCCAACCCUAAACGGCUGGACCGAUGAGAUUAUUAGUUUUGCCUGGAUUCAGGUCUUCGACGAAUUCACAUCUUUCCGUGUUAAAAAAGGGGAAUAUCGUCUUCUUUUAAUGGAUAAUCAUAGUUUACACUUGACCUAUGAUUUUAUUGAAUUUUGUUGGAGAAAACGAAUUAUCCCCUAUUGUUUUAUCCCACACACAAUACAUGGCUGCCAACCGCUCGAUGAUACACCAUUUCAAGUGCUUAAGCAUUAUUAUAAGAAGUAUAAUAAUGAGGAAGCCUUUUGGGGUGGUGAUGCGCGGUCAAAGGCAAAUUUCUUCGCGGGAAUCUACGAUGUCCGGACGUCGGCACUUACAACGCGUACUAUUCGAUAUGGAUUCCGCGAAACUGGUAUUUGGCCUAUGGAUUCUAAUAAAGGCCUCACCAAACUUGGUAUUUCGACUGAGGAUAAUGAUCUACCUAUGAUACCCGGUUUUAUUAUUUAUGAUAUUGCUUCCGGAACUACACCACCACUAUUAUCAAGCUCACUGCCUAAUACCCCGCCCGAGACAGUACGAAAAUUGAGAAAGGCAAGCACUAAGGUUAUAAAGCAUAUUCAAAAUGACUCGACAAUCUCCCCGAAGGUGCGACAAAGCCUCUCUCAGAUACUAGCGGGUGGCCUCGUUCUCGCUAAGGUCGGGGCUCAGUUUGCGGAAGACAACGUGCGAAUUCUACGGCGCAAGAAGCGGUCUAAUACAGCUAAGACUAAACGAAGGCUUCCGGAAAUGGGCCCUCGUUUGGUUAAGGAUUGUAAAAAGCACAUAAAUGAUCGGGUUGAUAAGGAAAGGCUACAAUCAUUCAAUCGUUCGAAGAAAGCCUGGCGGGAUGCAGCUAUUUUAAAAGCAAUUGCCGACGGAGAAAUCGAGGAUAUAGGGCAAAUUGGGUCAGAUCAUGAUGAAGAGAGGCCUCGGGAAUGGAUUGAUGAUCUUUAUUGUAUUGAUUUAGAAGGCGAUGCUAUUUAA